GUUUAUUAAAUUUCUAGCAUUUAUCCUCCAUAAACUAAGGAACUCCUGUUCUUACAAAGUGCUUGUAUACAUUCCCGAUUCUCUUAAAAUCCCCACUGGAGCAAAGUCUUUUACCUUGGCUAUUCUAGUGUUAAAAGUUCAUCUCACUUUGUUUUCAAAUGACUCUUGUCUGUUUGUCAGAUUUUGAAGCAUAUGCUAGAAAGCAUCUUCCCAAGCCUAUCUGGGAUUAUUUUGCAGCAGGUGCUGAUGAAUGUUAUACGCGGGAUGACAAUUGCCUGGCAUAUAAAAGAAUCUAUUUGCGGCCACGUGUGCUGCGGGAUAUGUCGGCAAUAGAUCCAAGGACAACGAUUCUUGGCUCUGAAAUUGACUUCCCAGUGGGGAUUGCUCCCACUGGCUUCCACGGUUUGGCUUGUCCUGAUGGAGAGCAGAGCACAGCUCGAGCGGCAGAAGCUAUGAAUACCUGCUACAUAGCCAGCACUUAUUCCACUUUCUCUGUGGAAGAAAUUGUUGCUGCUGCACCUAAUGGUUUACGGUGGUUCCAACUCUACCUCCAUCGGAAGAGGACGUUCUCAGAGCAGCUGGUACGACGGGUUAAUGCACUGGGAUUCCAGGCCCUGGUGCUCACAGUUGACGUGCCCUACACUGGCAGGAGGCGGGAUGACAUUCGCAACAAUUACCAGUUCUUGAAAUCCAUCCAAGUGAAGAACUUUAAAGGAGCUUUUGAGGAUGAAGACCAGACUGAAUAUGGUCUGCCCCCUGGAUCCAUAGACCCAUCUAUCAAUUGGAAUGACAUCACCUGGCUACAAAGUCUGACCCAGCUGCCAAUCAUCAUCAAGGGGAUUUUGACAAAGGAAGAUGCUGAGCUAGCUGUGAGACAUGGGGUUCAAGGGAUUAUCGUAUCCAACCACGGAGGAAGACAGCUAGAUGGAGUCCUUCCUACUAUUGCUGCUCUGGUUGAAGUUACUACUGCAGUGCAAGGCAAAAUCGAAGUUUACUUGGAUGGUGGAGUACGAACAGGGAAUGAUGUGUUGAAAGCAUUGGCACUUGGAGCAAAAUGUGUCUUCAUCGGCAGACCCACAAUGUGGGGUUUGGCCUAUAAGGGUAAAGAAGGACUUCAAGAACUUUUGAAGAUUUUAAAAGAUGAAUUUUGUCUGUCAAUGGCUCUCACCGGCUGUAAAAAUGUCUCAGAAAUUGGCCGGCAUCUUGUUCAGUAUUCCAAAUUAUAAAGAACUCUUCUGCAACACUCACCGGACCAGAAGCAGUAGGGUAGCUAAAGAAAAGAAAAGAAAAAAACUCUGGAUGAUUAAAAACAAGAGGGAGACCUCGGCCACCAGCCACAUGUCAAAAGUUUGUCUGAUGAGAUUUUUGCAGUCCCCUGAAAUGAAUGGGAUUUAUAGCUGGCCUAUACUGAACUAAUUGCGAGCCCCAUUCUUUUGCAUGUCUGUCUUCAUGAUACCCAGCUAGGAAACAUUCCUUAAAAACUUUCAAUUGUA